AUGGCUCCUUUUGAGGCCUUAUAUGGUAGAAGGUAUAUGCCUCCUAUCAGGUGGUUCGAGGUUGGUGAGGCUAUUUUGAUAGAGCUCGAGUUGGUGUGUGAAGCUAUGGAUAAAGUUCAACUUAUUAGAGAGAGGUUGAAGAUUUUCCAAAGCCGACAGAAGUCUUAUCCAAAUGUAAGGAAAAGAGAGCUUGAAUUUGAGGUUGAUGAUUGGUCAUACUUGAAGACGCCACUUAUGAAGGGUUUGAUUCAUUUUGACAAGAAAUGGAAUCUUAGUUCCCCUUAUAUAAGCUUAUAUCAGAUUUGGAGGCGCUAUAACAAAGUAGCUUAUGAGUUGGAUUUGCCUUCCGAAUUAACAUUAGUGCAUGUGAGGUUUCAUGUUUUAUUGUUGAAGAAGUGUGUUAGUGAUCCUACCUCUAUUGUUCCAUUAGAAAGCAUUGGUGUGAAAUAG